AGUCUUCAGCCGCUGUGCACACCUGCCGCACAACUGCCUCACAGAGACCACAUUAUCGGGCGCUGUGAGAAGUUCUUGACACAGCUAGGCAACUCGUACUGCACUAUAUCCGCUUGUUUUUCUUUAAGAGAAGAUUGAUCUACCUACUGUCCGAAAACACAAUGCGCGAGUGCAUCUCCAUCCACGUGGGCCAGGCUGGCGUCCAGAUGGGCAACACCUGCUGGGAGCUGUACUGUCUGGAGCACGGCAUCCAGCCGGACGGUCAGAUGCCCAGCCACAAGCCCGUGGGCGGACACGACGACUCCUUCACCACCUUCUUCAGCGACACGGGAGCAGGGAAGUACGUUCCCCGGGCCAUCUUCGUAGACCUGGAGCCCACCGUCAUCGAUGAGGUUCGUACAGGAACUUACCGCCAGCUGUUCCACCCUGAGCAGAUGAUCUCCGGCAAGGAGGACGCUGCCAACAACUAUGCCCGUGGACACUACACCAUCGGCAAGGAGAUCAUCGAUGUGGUCCUGGACAGGACGCGCAAACUGGCGGACCAGUGUACUGGUCUCCAGGGCUUCCUGGUGUUCCACAGCUUCGGAGGAGGAACCGGAUCUGGUUUCACCUCACUUCUCAUGGAACGUUUGUCGGUCGAUUUUGGCAAGAAGUCCAAGCUGGAGUUUGCCAUCUACCCGGCUCCCCAGGUGUCCACCGCUGUGGUGGAGCCCUACAACUCCAUCCUGACCACCCACACCACCCUGGAGCACUCUGACUGUGCCUUCAUGGUAGAUAACGAGGCCAUCUAUGACAUCUGUCGCAGGAACCUUGAUAUCGAACGGCCCUCCUACACCAACCUCAACAGGCUCAUUAGCCAAAUUGUCUCCUCCAUCACUGCCUCCCUGCGCUUCGACGGAGCUCUGAAUGUGGACCUGACAGAGUUCCAGACCAACUUGGUGCCCUACCCCCGCAUCCACUUCCCUCUGGCCACCUAUGCCCCGGUCAUCUCUGCUGAGAAAGCCUAUCACGAGCAGCUGUCUGUGGCAGAGAUCACCAACGCCUGUUUUGAGCCUGCCAAUCAGAUGGUGAAGUGCGACCCUCGUCAUGGUAAAUACAUGGCCUGCUGUCUGCUGUACCGUGGUGACGUGGUGCCCAAAGACGUCAACUCUGCCAUCGCUGCCAUCAAGACCAAACGCACCAUCCAGUUUGUGGACUGGUGUCCCACCGGCUUCAAGGUGGGCAUCAACUACCAGCCCCCCACCGUGGUUCCUGGAGGAGACCUUGCCAAGGUGCAGAGGGCCGUGUGCAUGCUGAGCAACACCACCGCCAUCGCUGAGGCCUGGGCCAGGCUGGACCACAAGUUUGACCUGAUGUAUGCCAAGCGGGCCUUCGUGCACUGGUACGUGGGAGAGGGCAUGGAGGAGGGGGAGUUCUCCGAGGCCAGAGAAGACAUGGCCGCCCUGGAGAAGGAUUACGAAGAGGUGGGCAUCGACUCGUUUGAAGAAGAUGAGGAGGGAGAGGAGUACUGAAGAGCUCCGUGCUUUCUCUCGUUACUUCUCCUGGGGUUUCUCUUAACAACUGUGUUUUAUGAUUUGCCAAAUCUGUACUUCGUGGGCUUCCUGUUAGUAAAAUGGAAUUAUUUGUGUCUUCUUCUCUGAAGGAACUUAUGUGUGUCUGAAUAAACCCCAAGGUAUCUGCAUCAACAUCAGUGUUGUAAAUCUUCCAGAAUCAUUACUUUCCCUUGUUUUUAUAUACUAUUUUCUGACCUAUGUUGUAUUUAAGGCUGACACUGUCCAGCAACCUUUCCUUUUUUGUAAGAGUGCCCCGCGGUCGGUUGUCAGGAUGCACAAUUAAAAAACUCACUAUUAAAACUA